AUCUAUCAUCCAAUGUCCGAGUCAAUCACCGUAAACAUCAAAUCUUCGGGUGACACAAAGUACGAGGUGACCACUGCCACGUCCAGCACCAUAUUGGAGUUGAAGGAGCAAAUUUCUGCAAAGGCAGACGUUCCCUCUGACCGUCAGAGAUUAAUCUAUUCUGGUAAGGUGUUGAAAGAUACAGAAACAGUGGCAUCGUAUAAAAUCCAGUCAGGCCACACCAUCCACCUCGUGAAAAGCGCUGCCAAGGCCGCCGCCACGGGGGGCGACUCCUCCACCGUCAGCACCACCGCCACCGACUCACAAUCGACACCUGCGUCCAACCAAUCGUCCCAGGUGCCUUCUAACAUUUCUGCUGGGCAGGGCGCUUUUAACCCGUUGGCAGACUUGACCGGUGCCCGGUACGCCGGGUACACCCAGUUGCCGUCCGCGUCGAUGUUUGGUCCUGACGGGGGCAUGAACGCCGCUAUGCCCGACCCCGAGCAGAUGUCGCUGAUGAUGUCCAAUCCCAUGUUCCAAGAAAGUAUGAACUCGUUGUUGUCCAACCCGCAAAUGUUGGACUACUUCAUCCAGCAGUCGCCCCAGUUGCGGGCGUUGGGGCCUCAGGCCAGAGAAAUGUUGCAGAGCCCAUUUUUCAGACAGAUGUUGUCGAAUCCAGAGAUGAUGCGGUCGAUGAUGGAAAUGGGCAGAAACAGCAUGGGCAGUGGGGCUGGGUUCCCAGAGCCUGGCACCGGCUUCCCAGCUCCUGGGGCCAAUCCCACUGGCGACUCGACCGACGCCACCACCACCACCACCAAUACCGGUACAAACCCUCCCAACCCAUUCGCCUCUAUGUUCGGCAAUGGUAUGCCUCCUAUCGACCCAUUCGCCAUGUUUGGCGGUGCCGGUGGCGCACAGCCCCCCGCCGAGACAGACUCUCGUCCUCCAGAAGAAAGAUAUGCCAGCCAGUUGAGUCAGUUGAACGAUAUGGGUUUUUUUGACUUUGACAGAAACGUGGCAGCCUUGAGAAGAAGCGGUGGUAACGUCCAGGGAGCCGUGGAGUACCUCUUGUCCGGGUAGAUAUCUCCAUACACUAUAUAUCUAUUUAUCUCCUCCAUGUUUGUUUCACGACUGGCUAUUUAGUUAUUAAUUCUAUGAACUUAUAGAAAGAG